AUGGAACCGUUGUCGUUGUUUGGUAGUUAUCAUCCAAUACAUGAUAGUAAUAUAUUAAUUGCACAGAUUGUGAACGAUUUAACAGGUGUAAAACAACAAGAUGCUGAUGAAAAACUUUAUUUUCAUUCAUUAAAUAAUCGUCUUGAAGAUUUACUUGAUUAUUUAUACGAUUUGAAAUCAGAAAAUAAAAAUCUAAACAAUGAUCUUAAGACAUUAAUCACCAAUGGGAGUUUGGUUGAAGAAAAUUGUGGAUCUCUUUUUCAAGAACUUGAUAGUAUGAUACUAUAUUUAUCAGAAGAAAAUCAUCGUAAAAUAAUUGAAGAAGUUGAAAUCAAAAGUUUUGAUGAACAAACAAAAUUAACAAAUCGUAUUCAAACUAGUUUUCUUGAUAUAAUAAAUUCAUAUAAUGAAAAGCAUAAAACGUUAUUUUAUUUAAUCAAUCAAUUAGAUCAUGAUUUAAACGAAAUUCAUCUGGGACUUGGUAUAUGUAAUGAUCAAAUAAAAUCUUAUGGUGAUGAUUAUCGAGAAGAAUCAAUUCGAUUUUCUUGUUAUCUAUCAGAAUGGACACAAAUGGCAUUAGAUAGACAAACUUUAUUAAAUGAAAUUCAAUUACUUAAAGAGCAUUAUAAUCUUCGGUUACGAUAUUAUCAAGAAGAAAUUAAUGAAUGGAAUCGUUUAUUAAACAGUUUAUUGCAAGAGUCAAGACAUUUUUAUCAGAAUUCUCUAGAAACAAUGCAACAACAAUUACAAAUCGACUAUGAACAAAUGCUUAAAGAGCAACAAAUGCAUGUCGAAAUAGUUUUGACAAGAAAAUUUACAAGCAUAUCAAAUAAAAUUUAUAUGAAUUUAGAUGAACGACAAUAUCAAGAACAUAUUCUACAUUUUGAGAAUCUUCUUGGUGAACAUACAAAAGAAUAUGGCAGUCUUGAAUCUGAUUAUCGAAUAUUAGCUGAGAAAAUUCAACACAAACGAUGGGCAUUAGUAGAUCUUGAAAAUCAAGCAAAAAUAGAAGCACUGAAACGUACCGAGCAAUAUGCUCGUCUUGAACAUGAUAUUAAUUUAGCACUUGCAGAAUACUAUGAAUUAAAAGAUCAACUAGAUCAAUUAGCUUAUACAAUUCGUUUUGAUAUUGGUCAGGAAUUAAAAAUCUAUGAAGUAUUAUUAAAUUCUUUAUAUCGGAAAGAGAAUGAUUGCUUGUCUCAAAAUGGAUCAAAUCUUUCUCAACUGCAUAGACCCAGUAUUACAAGAACUGCUGAUAUUGAUCAUACACUAGAUUAUCGACAUCCAUCUAUGUUGAGUGAUAAUAUUUCAAUAACAUUGGAUGAAAAUAUUAAUCGUGAUCAGUAUGAAAAUCAGAAAAAUACAAUUGACCAAAAUCAAAUGGUAAAAAUGCCAACAACACGAACAUUUGCACAUGAGAUGAGCGAACACCAACAAAAGUGUAUGAGUAUGAAUCAAAACGAUCAAGGAUCACUUGAACUUGACGAAAAUUAUGUGCAAAGUAUAGUGCACUAUAAACGUAAAUACAAAGGAAAAAUUAUUAUUAAAAUUGCUAAUGUUCAAGGUGGUUUUGUUGAAAUUGAAAAUAUAGGCAAUCGUCUACAAAACCUUACUGGAUGGUUUAUUGAACGCGUAGUUGAUGGCCGACGUAUUAGUUAUACAUUUCCUGAAUUUCAGCUUGGUUCUAAUAAAACCGUUCGCAUUUACGGAAAGAGUUAUUAUCAAAAUUCAUUAUCAACUGCAAAUGAUUCUGAUUUUCAACUUAUUGCAACAAACUUUUAUGAUUGGGAUACAGGACAACAUAUACGCACGGAAUUAUUCAAUCGUAAUCAUAUUGUCAGAGCGCUAUUUGAACAAACAGCAGAUGAUUAA